CCUACAUCCAACAAACCCACCAACCGCGCGCGACCGAUAUCGACAACAUCUAGCUUUGUAUAAUUCACGUUCCGAUCUCGCGCGCAUCAUGGCGACCGGCACGUCGCAGCCAUCUUUUGCUGCUCCCAACGAAUGCUUCGACGCGAAUCAUCAUCACCCUAGAAAACGACGGCGCCGGGAGUUGGUGCCUGAAGAGCCAAGAAAUCUCGACGCCCCCCAGGUGUUGCCGGAGGAGAUUGUGACGCCGUUGCUAGAUCGCAGUUCGGCGUUGAUACUGCAGAGUGUCGGGUUCACGGGAUUCACAGCAAGUGCGCAGGAGAGGUUGCGCGAGCUUGCGGAAGACUAUUACUUGCAAAUGCUACAUACGAUUGGAGAGUUUACCCGCGCGCAGAGGCGCACAAAGCCGACAGUACUCGAUUUCGAAGCAAUGCUCCUCGAGAGGAAUAUUGGCCUAGCUGGCCUCGAAGACGAGAUACACCGAGUCCCCUCGAAGACGCCCGCGAUCUCGCUACCACCACCGGCUCCUCCGCCUCCACCAGACCCAGAGCUUACCGAACUCCUCGGACCCGAACUCGACGGCUCGACGGAUCAACGAUGCCGCAUCUACGAUCAUUUACCCGCGUUUCCGAGUCUGCAUACAUAUCAAGCUACACCUGUGUUCGCUGAACGACCCACCGAUCCCAAGAUGAUUCGUGAGAAAGCGACAGCGGAGGCCAGGCUCGCGGAGACGGCGCUGAGAAAGUUGCUGGCUGUUUCUGCUACACGCAAGGAGGCUGCACUUGAGAGUGAAGGGGAAGUGAGCAAGAAGAGGAAGGAGAGGCAUGAGGAAUGGAAGAAAGCGUUUGCGGGAUUGAGCGCAGAUAAAGACAGUUUCGGAGUGAAGAAACAGAAUGGGCACCAAGAAGUAGAGAGCAUGAGUAGCAUCAUGAACGAACCGGUCCCCACCACAUCUAGCAAGAGCAAGAGUGACGAUGGCUAUCUGGAGGUGGUAGUCAAUUCGGACAGCCAGUUCUGGAGGAAGGACACAAGAAGCAAAAAACGCCCACGGGCAUCAUAGAGACGCGUCGAGGGUCGAAGGAGACCCGAUUUUCGACAGCAGCAGCAGAAAGUUAGAGACAGGAAAACAAGAGAUUGACAGGCAGGCAAUCCUAUUGCGGGGCUAGGAGAUGAGGUGAA